AGGAAUGUUAUCCCUUCCCCCCAUGCUCUCCUCCUAUAAAAACACCACCUAGCCUAAGCAUCCACUCGCUAAAGAUCAUCCAAGACGAGGAAGAAUCCAGGAGCAUAUACGAGAUGGGCAAGAGACUGUUGUUCUUGGCCGUCCUCCUCGUCACUUCCCUGGGCAUGUCGACGACGGUGGUGCGGAGCGAGCUGGCGUGCGACAAGCUGAGGGAGCAGUGCAUGGCCAUGUGCAUCCUGGCAAGCUGGUGCAUGCACUGUUGCCAGGCCCGCGGCUACGUCGACGGUCGCUGCAGGGUCCUCCACGGCGAGACCACCUGCUACUGCUGCAAGGACGUGCCCCCCUCCCCCUCCCCGGCUCCCGGCCCGCAGAAGAGUUCCGCCGCCGGCGACCUCACUUUCGUCGCCGACUGAGGAAUAUGCGGCGACAUCCUCACUUUCUUUAUGUAUCAAGCGUGAGUUGGGCCAAGUUCUGAAUAAAUGGACAAGAUCUGCCUAGUAGGUUCAUGCAAUCUUUCCAAAAAGGAUAUGCAUGUUUGCUAUGCCAACUCGAUCUUUUAGCUGCGUUUACCGUACCAUCGGAUGCAAAGGCCGGGCACCACGUUGGGCUCUGACGAUUUGAAAAUUAGUCUGGCCUCACCCGUUAUCUAAGAAAACUUAUGGCAACUUCCCAA